AUGUCGGACGUCUUAGCAAAUCGUGAUGCAUGGAAGGAAUACGAAUACAACCGAGAGCACCAGAUAUAUUCAAAUUUUACACCAUUCUAUGUGACAGUGGCCAUCUUUUCUAUCAUAGGUGGAAUUCUAUUCAUCUUCAACAUCAUUUGCUGUUCGUGCAGUCGCUAUAAGCACUACUGGCGCGACAGACACACAGGAAAUCGUUGGAUUCAUCCACUGUGGGUAGUGACCCCUUACAAAAAUCCACCUCUGGAUCUCAGCCCAAUAAAACCAGCUGACGGAAAAGGGAACAUACACUCAUUCACCUCUGGUCAUCCCUAUUUAACCCAAGCCUAUCCUGCCCAAGGGACUUAUUACCCAGAAUCAGAGCAAGGGGACUUGGAGGCUCAGUACGACUCCAGAUUAGGUACACCACAGCCCCAAGAGUACAUGGAACUCCACAAACGUGAGAGUGAAAUUUGA